AUGGCCCAGCUGACUCAGCAGCGCUUCCACAACCUCGGCCUGCGCCGCAUCCCCCUUUGCCGAGUCCGUGAGAGGCGGGAGGGGCAGGGGGGAGGCCGACGGGCGGGCCAUCCUCUGCGCAUGGCCCGCGCCCGAGCCGGCUGCGGCGGACUGCGCCGACUCGAGGGACGCCUGGCGGCUGGCUGGGGCGCUGCCGGACUGCUGCCGGGCGGGUGGCCCGCCGCUGCUGCUGGCGACCCGGUCCAAGCCGGUCGUUGA